CCCCUGCCGCGGACCCUGGAGCUGUUCUACGACGUGCUGUCCCCCUACUCCUGGCUGGGUUUCGAGGUGACGCCGGGCCUGGGAGGGCGAGGGCCGAGGGAAGGGCCAGCGCAGGACGCAGGGCCCACGGUCUCCGCAGUUGCUGGCGCUGCCCAGAGGAGUUUAGGACAUGCCGGCAGAGCCAGGGCUGAAGGUCACUUCGUGUUUGUGACUCGGCUACAGUCGCUGGCUCCGCUCCAGCCCUCACAUCCUCAGGCAGUGCUUCCCCACAGCGGUCUGGAAAAGGGUCAGCCCCGAACAAUCCAGGAAAAAACCUCGGCACCGCCACCUCUUAGCCUUCUGGUGUCAGUUUGGGCUGUGGGGAGGGUGGAAACUGUCCGCACGAACUAAGGUCCUGGGGUAGAAUUCUAGGAGUGAGAGAGUUUUGCCUUUUCAAACCCAGCGAUUUAGGGUUUCCCCUGACCCUUACGUUGCUUCCAGAGCCUCUGGCUAAUCAGUUGCCAUGCAACACCCGUCCCUUUCCCUCUGCCGUGUUCACACCUUCCAUCCUGCUCGUGGGCUCGGAUCUUCGCCUGCGCUCCUGCAGAUCCUGUGCCGGUAUCAGAACAUCUGGAACGUCAGCCUGCAGUUGCGUCCGACCCUCAUUGCAGGGAUCAUGAAAGACAGUGGGAACAAGGCGCCCGCUCUACUCCCGCGCAAGGCCAAGUACUUGUCAGGUGACCUUAAGCUCCUGGCACAGCAUAUGCAGGUUCCCAUCCAGUUCCCCAAGGAUUUCCUCUCUGUGAUCCUUGAUAAAGGAAGUUUGUCAGCCAUGCGCUUCCUCACGGCUGUGAACUUGGAGCACCCGAAGAUGCUGGAGAAAGUGUCCAGGGAACUGUGGAUGCGCGUCUGGUCACGGGAUGAAGACAUCACGGAGCCUCAGAGCAUCCUGGCAGCGGCAGAGAAGGCUGGCAUGUCGACAGAACAAGCCCGGGGACUUCUGGAAAAGAUAGCAACGCCGCAGGUGAAGAACCAGCUCAAGGAGACCACCGACAAGGCCUGCAAAUACGGGGCCUUUGGGCUGCCUGUCACCGUGGCCCACUUGGAUGGCCAAACCCACAUGCUCUUUGGCUCUGACCGGAUGGAGCUGCUGGCACACCUGCUGGGAGAGAAGUGGAUGGGCCCGGUGCCUCCAGCCGCGGCUGCCAGACUUUAAGGAUGCCCAGAGGAAGCACAACCAGUGGUAUAAAAAGCAGACCAUCUGCUUACCCCUCCACCGAGGGGCGCUGGGAUGGAGGUUCCUCUGGCGCUGGCUGUGGGGCGUCCUCCGAGUCACUCUCGGCUGCUUUUGCUUCUGUGCCUCCCGGGUGCCUUGCGAGAGCCCCAAGCUCUGCCUUCGCACAGAAUAAACCUAAUGCCCUUAGACACACUAUCUCUGGUGUCCGUGUUCCUCGUUCCUGCGGCAGCACACUUCUGCUCCGGGUGUUUG